AUGCCAAUUACUCCAAAGAUGCUCCGAUACCAAGCUGCAGUUUUUUCCAGUUCGAACAACAUCCCUAAGAGCCUCAGUACUUCAGAAAAUGGAGCUGGAAGAAAGUGGUUGCGACUAUUUAUGAAACGACAUCCGGAAAUCUCUGUACGCAAGGCUCAAAUGAUGAACCCAGCAAGAGCCCAGAAACUCAACAGGCAUAUUGUCUCUGAUCAUUUAAAAAAGGUAAGGACACUUAUGCAAAGGAUUUCCCUGCAUCACCAGCAGAAUCUCUUGGCCCAAAAAGGAUCGAAGCGGAUUCAUCAAAUUUCCAAUAAACAUGCCGAAAAUGUGACGAUUGUAGGAUGUGUUAGCGCUAUAAGGACGGCCAUUCCACCAGUUAUUCUUUUUAAAGGAAAGAGACGAAAGCCCGAAUUCAUGGACAAUCUUCCAACUGGUUCCUUAGUGAAAAUGACUCCUAAAGGAUACAUGAACCACGCUACUUUUGUAGAGUUCAUAUCCCAUUUGGGUAAGUUCAAGACUCCAGGACCAUUUCUGCUUAUUUUUGAUGGUGCAGCCUGUCACUUAGACUAUUCCAUCGAAGAGGAGGCAGAACGCCACCAAAUAACACUGUAUUAUCUUCCAUCAAAUACGACACACGAACUCCAACCUCUGGACAAAGCCGUAUAUCGAUCUUUUGAGCACCAUUGGGACCAGGAAUUGUUAAGCUUCACUGCAAAGUAUCCUGGAAGGAAAUUGAACAAAACAAGUUUUAUUGUCAUUUUGUCGAACGUUUGGUCUAAAUGUAUGACGUAUGAUAAUAUCACUUCAGGAUUUCGUGCAACCGGUUUGUAUCCCUUCGACCCAGAUGUAAUAUCGGAAAUAGCGUUUGCUUCAUCAGCCCUUUCGGAAAAACCAUGGCCAGAUUCAGCAGACAACAAAAAUAUAAACGGCUCUACGGUCACACCAGUUGAAAGUUGA